CAAUAACUUUCUCAACCAAUACGUCGAUAGCAUCAAACACUUGACACAUAUGGACACCAAUGCUAUACUAACCACCAAACAGGACCUCACAAACAGACCCUGUUAUAGACGAUUUGUGGACACUUUCAAUCAAAAGUGUUUUAAUAUAAAUCAGCACACGUAUGCGUUCAACAAAUUGAAUACAUUUGUCAAUAUAUGCCAACAAUUGACUGAUUCAAAUGAUGUUACCAUUGCUGUUGAGCACCUGGAGAUGUCCUGUGCCAAAUUGGGAACUAAGCAGGCUCAUUUUGAGGCCAUUCUCUAAUUUAAAUACUCUGUAAAUUUAUAAUGUAAAUUACUUUAACGUAAUUGUAAUUAUUAAAUAAAAAUUUGAUUUAACUUAAAUA